CUAACUUCAGAUUAUUGUUUGAUCAUCGUUCUUGUUCUAUGCGGUGUAAUAUCAUAUUUUUUUACAUAAUUUUUAUUGUAGUGCCAAAAGCAAGUUCAAUUAGUAUUUUUUGUUAUAUACAGUGUAUUACAAACUAUUGGGAAAGUUAAAUAUAUGUUAUGUUUGCAAACGUGCAUAUGCUUUGUUGUGAGGACCACCUUUAUCUAAUGUCAAUUUGAGAUUUAGCGAGUGAUUUUUUAUAAUAUCAGAUUAUACCACUGAAUAAUAUUUAGUUGUAAUUGAAAUUGUUUGGAGGGCUCGAGAUUUGUGGUCGGUCUGCAGUAAUGGUAGCGGUGUUUCUAAUCGGAGUAUCAAUCAGAAGAAUGUGCGGUGGCAUUUAAUGAUAGAAAUUUCAAACAAGAGUUCAGUAUGGAUAUCAUGAAGGAUGAGGAACGCUUGCGGCGCUUGCGUGUCCUAGAAGACCGACUGUGCGACCCUCGCUCCACUGGAAACGUGGACUGUCUCUUGGAUACUGUUACAGCUCUCGUUUCCGAUUGUGAUCAUCCCGCUAUUCGGCGUAUGAAAAAUGUGGAGGCGUUCACGAGCAGAUAUGAGGAAUUUGCCUCAGAAAUAGUUAAUAUGCGUAUGAAGGCUGCUGAUUUCGACCUCAUUAAAGUAAUUGGCAGGGGAGCAUUUGGUGAAGUUCAACUAGUCCGGCACAAAUCAACUCGCUUAGUUUAUGCUAUGAAACUUCUAAGUAAAGUAGAAAUGAUAAAAAGAUCAGAUUCCACCUUUUUUUGGGAAGAGAGGCACAUAAUGGCACAUGCUAACUCUGAGUGGAUUUUAAAGUUACACUUUGCUUUUCAAGACCAAAAGUAUCUUUAUAUGGUAAUGGAUUACAUGCCUGGUGGUGAUCUUGUAAGCCUAAUGUCUAAUUAUGAUAUUCCAGAAAAAUGGGCAAAAUUUUACACUAUGGAAAUAGUUCUAGCAUUAGACGUUAUUCAUGGUAUGGGAUUUGUCCACAGAGAUGUGAAACCAGAUAAUAUGUUAAUUGAUAAACAUGGUCACUUAAAGUUAGCUGAUUUUGGCACAUGCAUGAGAAUGGGACCAGAUGGGCUCGUACGAGCCAGUAAUGCAGUCGGUACUCCUGAUUAUAUUUCACCUGAAGUCUUGCAAUCGCAAAAUGGGGAAGGAGUGUAUGGACGAGAGUGUGAUUGGUGGGCAGUAGGCAUAUUUUUAUAUGAAAUGUUAAUAGGGGACCCACCCUUCUAUGCUGACAGCUUGGUGGGAACAUAUGGAAAAAUUAUGGAUCAUAGAAACUCUUUACAAUUUCCAGAUGACAUUGAGAUUUCCAAAGAAGCAAAAUCUCUCAUUAGGGGCCUUCUCACAGACAGAGUAAAGAGAUUAGGCAAAAAUAGUGUUGAUGAAAUUAUGCAGCAUCCAUUUUUUAUUAAUGACCAGUGGAGCUUUAACAAUUUAAGAGAAUCUGUACCACCAGUAGUCCCAGACUUGUCCAGUGAUGAUGACACCAGAAACUUUGAUGAAAUUGAAAAGUCUGACGCUUUAGAUGAAUCUUUUCCAGAGCCAAAAGCUUUUGUUGGCAAUCAUUUGCCAUUUGUAGGUUUCACCUAUAAUGGUGACUAUCAACUUUGUAAAGGCAAAGUUAAGGUUGCCGAUGUUGUAGAUACAAUAUCAAAAAAUCAUAUAAAUAAUGUGGGUUCAGAGGCAAUACUUCAGUUAGAAAAGCUUCUGGAAAGGGAGAGAGAUGGUAGAAGAAAAGUAGAAGAUAGACACAAAAUGCUUUGUGCACAGUUAGAAGACCUAACACAAAGAGAAAACAGAAAUAAUAAGAUAAUAGCUGAGAGUGAAAAGGAACUAGCAUUGCUUAAACAUGAUCUAAAAGAAAUUCAGCGUAAAGCAGAAAUAGAGGCAGAUGCCAGAAGAAAAGCUGAAAUUAAUUAUUCAGAGGUGAAGCGCAGAUUUGAUGAAGAACAAAGCAAAAGAGUAAAAGAGAUGAACAGUACACAAGUGUACUAUGAAAAAAUUAACUCUUUAGAGAAGGAAUUAAACGAAAUGCAUGAAAAACUAAAAUUAGAAUCAGACGCGGCUGCAAAAUCACGAAAGUUAGUCGCAGAGCUAAGUGCCGCUCAAGCUGCUGCCGCUGCAGUUAGUGAUGGCACAUUAUCAAAUUUACGUGCUCAAAGAGAUAACCUAGAAAGGGAAUGUAGUUUAUUAACAGAGAAACUGAAUGCAAUACAAAGUGCAAAACAACGAUCUGAGGCCACAGCAGCAGAAGCCAAUAGCCGGCUUAAUGCUGCACACGCUGAGAUAGAGAGAUCAUCAACAAGGCUGAACCAAAUAGCAAUGGACAACCGGCAGCUUUCUGAGCGUGUUUCAUCUCUGGAGAAAGAGUGUGCUUCACUUGCUCAUGAUCUGAAAGCAUCACAACACAUGUAUGAGCAAGAAGUGAGAGCACAUCAAGAGACACAAAGGUCACAACUACUUUCCAAGCAGGAAGCUAAUUUAGAACUAGUCAAAGCACUGCAAGGAAAAUUAAAUGAAGAAAAGACUGCCCGUCAAAGAGCAGAGUCAGCUUCACAGGAGAAGGAUCGCCAGAUGUCAAUGCUAAGUGUGGACUAUAGACAAAUGCAGCAACGCUUGCAAAAAUUGGAGGGUGAACACCGCCAAGAAAGCGAGAAGGUGAUAGGUCUGCAAGCGGCGCUGGAGCAGGAGCGUGCGGCGCGGCUGUCGGCGGCGACGGAGACGGCGGCGGCGGAGGCGGCGGCGCGCGCGGCGCAGGCGGACCGCGACGCGCGAUGCCGCGACCUGCACAACAUGCGCACCGCCCUGCACGAUACCUCCGACAAGCUCGCCUCCGCCAUCGCCGAGCGAGAUAUGCACUAUGCUAGGAUGGAAGAUCUCCGGUCGCAGCUGGAGAACGAGCAGCACUACUGCGCGGUGUACCGCAGCCAGGUGAACGAGGCGCGCGCGCAGCUCGACGACAGCACGCGCGCCGCCAGAGACCUGGAGCAGGAGCGCGCCAGUCUCAUGCACCAGCUGCAGCUGGCCAUCGCGCGCGCUGACUCCGAGGCCAUCGCGAGAUCGAUAGCGGAGGAAACCGUGGGCGAGCUGGAGAAGGAGAAGACGAUGAAGGAGCUGGAGAUGCGCGACGCGACGGCGCAGCACCGCGCCGAGCUCGCCGCGCGCGACUCAAUGCUGCAGAGCCUGCGCGACCGCGACCACGAGAGCAAGGCCACCAUAGACCUGCAGCGGAAGGAGGUGGACGAGUUGCGGCGCAGCGGCACGGCGUUGGCGGAGCGCGUGGCGACGCUGCAGCGGCUGCAGGACGAGGUGGAGCGACUCAGCAAGAAGCUCAACAACGAGAACAUGCUUAAGCAGCAGGCCGUCAACAAGCUCGCCGAGAUCAUGAACAGGAAAGAUAUGAAUCCGGCGUCGACGAAGAACAAGAGCAAGAUGUCGGUGCGCAAAGACAAGGAUUACAGGAAGCUACAGCAGGAGCUGACGCGGGAGAAGGAGAAGUUUGACCAGCUCAGCGCCAAGCUGCAGCGAGACCUGCAGGAGUCACAGCAGCAGCUGCUCGAUGAGCAGCAAACGCGGCUCCGUCUCGCCAUGGAGGUUGACAGCAAGGACGCGGAAAUCGAGCAGCUGAAAGAGAAGCUGGCGGCGUUGACGAGCGAGACGGCGUCGCAGUCGUCCGCCGACGCCGAGGACGGCGAGAACGAGCAGACGCUCGAGGGCUGGCUAUCCGUGCCCUUCAAGCAAAACAUCCGCCGCCACGGCUGGAAGAAGCAGUACGUGGUCGUCUCCUCCAAGAAGAUCAUCUUCUACAACUCCGAGAACGACAAGCAGAACACCACUGAUCCCGUUAUGAUACUGGAUCUGAGCAAAGUGUUCCACGUGCGGUCGGUGACGCAGGGCGACGUGAUCCGCGCGGACGCGAAGGACAUCCCGCGCAUAUUCCAGCUGCUGUACGCCGGCGAGGGCGAGGCGCGGCGGCCGGGCGACGCACAGGACGCGCCCCCGGACAACGCCGAUCACACAGGCAAUACGAUACAACACAAGGGCCACGACCUGGUCAGCAUCACGUACCACAUACCGACGACGUGCGAGGUGUGCACGCGCCCCAUGUGGCACAUGUUCCGCCCGCCACCCGCAUACGAGUGUCGCAGGUGCCGGAUGAAGAUCCACGCGGAGCACGUAUCGGAGGGAGAGGGGGUGGCGGCGUGCAAGCUGCACGCGGACCGCGCGCGCGAGCUACUGCUGUUGGCGCCCGCCGCGCCCGACCAGCGCCGCUGGGUCGCGCGACUCGGCCGCCGCGUCCAGCGACACGGCUACCGCGCGCAUAUCACCAACCACGACCACACCAAGCUCUCGCCUAGGGACUCGAUGCGGUCGAACCUGAAGUCGUCGUACAUGAACGCGUCGCAGCGUAGCUCCACGCUGCCCGCCAACGCGUCGCUGCCGCGCCAGUGAGCCCGCCGCGACGCACACGUGAGCCCCACGUUACUACAUUUCGUUACUCGCGUUUGACGUAUUUUAUGGAACCAACAUUCAUUUUGUUAACUCGAUUCUAUUUGGUGCAUUAAGGCCUCUAUUGUUAAUGUUUACGAGUGUAUUUCAUUGUUAAUAUUUUGCCACUAGCUUAGUUAUCUGUGUAACCUAAGGCGGUUGUGACUGCUCGCUUCGUUCUGGCAUUUUUAGUUGUUAAUAUUAACUUCGUGAACUCGAGGACACGACUUACUCGACGACCGAUCGAUGUUGAUUUAAUUUAAACAGUUUUAUGACAAUAUCUCGUCUCGUAGGCACGUAUCGACAGUACUUUGUGAAUUCGAGUUCACGAACUCACGAUAUCUACCAGAUAUAUAAGGGCCUCGACUGACUUAACUUUUGCUCCUUAGACAGUUUGAUAUAAGCUAGUCCUCUACGAAAUUAGGCCUCCUCCAAAAUUGUUAUCCAAAUAUAUCGUCAGCGCUGCUGCUGUGAUCGUUAUUUAUGUACUUAUAAAUUUUAUUAUGAUGUCGACGUUUAAAAUGAUAUAAUAUACAGAUCUGACAUUUUUACUAAUUGAUUUUAAAUCGUGCUCUAAUACGACUGCUCGUGCUUACUUAAUUUUUCUUACAAUAUGAAAAAAGAAAACUGCAAUGCGUUUAUAUAUUUUUUUAUAAUUUAGCAUGAAGUCGUACGAUUAAAACAAUUUAUGUAUGUAAUAUCAAAUAUGAAUCAUCAUCAGGUUGAUUUAAAUGUAAAGGAUAUAAAUAUUGUUUUCUAUAUUUGAUUAUGUACAUAUUAGUUGUAUUGUUGAUAUUAUAUUUCGUUUGUAUCUCGCUUCUAUUUAUAAGCUCGUGCCGGGCCAACCGCCAUGUUACACGCGUCAUGCGUCGGCCCGGAGUGUGGAUGGUUAACAUAUGGGGGAAUUCUUGAUAUGUCUUUGUUAGGAAUUUCGAUUUGGACAUGAACAAAAGUAGCUCUACCUACUCAUAUUACUUGGGAAGUUUACGUCACUUAUCGAAAACAAUGGCUGUCAGAUGACGUAUUUGUUUAAAAUAAUUUGAUGAGGUAGGAGCUAGCUGGAAUCUGGUUGAUUAAUCAGCAGCGCGAGUAACUUUUCUCGCUCGAUGCUUAGGAAUUGCCUUAUAGAAAUAAUGCUGUACUUUUUCUGUAAGAAAAGUAUUGAGGAAUUACUAAAUUAGAAUUUAUACUAACUCAAUCACAAAACAUGAAAAAAAAUAUCAUUUUUAUGUUAUUUGCUUGUUCAAUUGAAGUAACGGCCUAAUUUUGCGCGUUGUCUUUUUAAGACGUGAAACCUUAUGGUCCUAAAACGUAGGAAAAGGAAUAAUACUUUAAAAUGAAUAUCGUUAUCAAUAGUUCUAUGAGCCUGAUGUGAUAUGAUCACAUUCGACGUCACUGCUCAUAGACAAUAUUAACAAACUCGAAAGACUGGCUGUUCUAUUUGUAGUAAACAUUUAUUUAUCUAUUUUUUAAAACAAAUUGAAAUAUUUCACAUACGCACCAGUUACUUUAACCGACACUUCACUUUAACGAAUUUAACAUAAGAAAGGGACUCAAUACGUAGGUUAGUUGUAGGUUUGAGAACUAACGAAGAGCAGUGCCAUAUACUUCAUUCAUCGCUACAUUAAUAGAAUUUGCUCAAGAGAAUCAAACAUACAGUUUAAUUGACUAAUAGUUAGUUGUGGCAGCGGUACUUGAACAAGAUGAAAUAACUUUACCAGCCUAAAACUAAAGUGUUUACUAAUAUUGCAAACGGUCUUCCACGAGUAAUAACACUUUAAUGUAGAGUAAGAUGUUUGGAAAUCAUAAAUACAUUAGAAAAUGUGAAUCAAGUAAUUGUUGGGAUAAGAUGUUUGACUAAAUUAUUAUAACCUUAUUUCUCUGCAUACUGUGUUGAGAACUGCCGCUCAUAGUUAUUGCUCGUCAUUUCUGUAAUAGUAAUAAUCCUCUGUAAGGUUAAAUUACUUAAAAGUCUUAUAAAGGUUAUAUUAGCCUUCAAAGAUGGCAAUGGACUUA